AUGAGGCCUACUAAGCCCUUGCCGUACCCAGAUUGCUGGGAAAGCACCGAAGACUAUGUCGAACAACUCUUAGAGUUUGCGACUGCAUCUGACUUCUUCCAAAUUUUAUGCGGAGGUGUACACAUUUUAGACUUCUUCACCAACGACCCGGGGCUCUUUCAGACGGUGAUACCGUCGGAUUGGCAAUCAUAUAUCCUACAAUGUGAGCCUAUGAAGUUCCUGGACCUCUUAAUGAGGGAUGACCUAGAUGAUGUUCUAGACCCUCAACCACCAGAGAGCUUGAUGAAGUAUAUAAAAGAUAUAAGGCGGUUGUCAUUAGCGCGCAAGUUUUCUCCAAAGGAGGAGAAACUCCCGAAGUUGACACGCAUGGUAUCGGCGGGAAUGAAGCCGAAGAAAAUCCACGAAGUGAGCCACUUCGCAAAUUACGUGGACACGCUUGCUAAGGGAAUUGCUACUGAAUACCGUAAGGAGAUCACUCAUUUUGUCGACUUCGGCAGCGGUCAGAAUUAUCUAGGAAGGGCAUUAGCAACCCCUCCUUAUAACAAACAAAUUGUAGCUGUGGAGGGUAGGGAGCACAACAUCAUUGGUGCUAAAAGGCUUGAUAUGCAUGCAGGUGUUUCUGAAAAGCAGAAGGUCAUACGAAACAAGAAACUUUGGAUGCAGAAGCUAGACAGUAUGGUUCCCGGAAAUCAGCUCGAUGAAAGGGCUUUAAAAAGGGCCACUAACCCUAUAAAAUUUUCGGCUGAUUAUGUGCCUGAUUUCAGGCCUCCAAGUGAGUUGGAGGCCAUCUAUACGCUCGAGGAGGGUAAAGGCUUCAUACGUUACGUCGAGGGGAGGCUCGAGUCGGGAGAUUUAACAGACGUCGUCAACCAACUUAAACAGGAGCCUCUUGUCGGUGAGAAAGGACAAGGCGAUCCUAACUUAAUGGCAAUUUCCAUUCAUUCUUGUGGAAACCUAUCUCAUCACGGCAUACGGUCUUUAAUACUCAACCCGCGAGUCCAAGCCAUUGCCAUUGUUGGCUGCUGUUACAAUCUUAUGACGGAGAAGCUAGGCCCGCCCACGUACAAGCUCUCGUAUAUGAGACCAAGUCUUCAAGCCCUUAACGGUCGUGUGGCCAGAGAAUCCGAAAGGCGUGACCCCCAAGGGUUCCCAAUGAGCGAUCGCCUUUGUAAUUACAAAGAUGUAGGAGUCCGUCUUAAUAUCACGGCUCGGAUGAUGGCUUGUCAAGCACCACAGAACUGGACUGAAGCUGAGAGCGAUGCCUUUUUCACUAGACACUUCUACCGCGCUGUCCUACAGAAGAUUUUUCUCGACAAGGGUGUUAUCACUAAGAUUCGGCAUAACGAUGACCUUACGGACGGUGAUCAGAGUCCGUUUAACACAAGUACCAACCCGGUCAUCAUCGGUUCUCUCCGGAAGUCGUGCUACAAAACCUUCGGGGCAUACGUAAGAGGAGCGAUCAGUAAGCUGACUACUAAUUCAGAGUACCACGAGUACAGCAACAUAAUUAAGGAGAAGAUGAUUGACAUCACGGAUGAAGAGAUCGCGAGAUACGAAGUAUCAUACGGGCCGCGCAAGCGAGAACUCAGUGCCGUCUGGAGUCUAAUGGCAUUCAGCGCUAAUGUCACCGAGUCCUUAAUAGUGACCGACAGGUGGCUAUUCCUACGACAACAUUCCGACUUAGUACAAGACUGUUGGGUAGAAACCGUAUUUGACUACCGUGAAAGCCCUCGGAACCUGGUUGUAGUUGGUGUCAAAGGCCCAAACUCAUGUCAACUAGGUUCUUAA